AAGAAACUCAAUACUAAAACAAGAGUUUUACUAUGUUUAUUUGCUCUUUAAGAUAUAAAUAUUAUAGUUUUCACCUAGUUUGUGGAUUAAUAAUAUUUAACGUGUAUUAUAUUAUUGCAGACACACUUUAUAUUUUUCAUAAAGGUAACUACAAAAUAGAUGAAGAUGUAAACAAUGAUCAUUACGAGUUGAUUGAUCAAGAUAAAUUGGAAUAUUUUUCUGUAGGUGAAAAGAAUCAAUUUCAUGAAAUUAAUAGCUUACCAGACAACCGAAACGUAAAAGAGAAACGAUGGAAAAUAGUUAUGCCGAAUACAAUUAUGACCUUUUACUGUACCAAUAUUUGGAUAAAGCUGACCACGAAGUGGAUGUACCGAAAUUCGUUGCAGAUACAUUGGAGGGAGGCAUAUUGCAUACUAUGCGUAGUAUGUUGAUUUUCAAUACUAACUUUGAAAACUGUACCAAACAAGAGCUAAAUGAAAUUGGCUUAAGAGCGGUAUGCUGUUUAAUAUUAGAAUAUAGAAGAAGCGAAACAUCAGAUGUUGUUCAACUAAUUCGUCUAUGGAGAAUCAUCAAGAUAUGGACUUUAGUGUACUUGGUUAUGGCAAUUCCGUUAUGGUGUACCAGAGGUUGGUGCUGUUGUUGUUUGGUAUGCAAAUUUUUUAAACCUCGACGGACUAUAGAUGAUGCCAAGAAAUACUUUAUAAUGAACCCACCCGGUGUGCUUAACAUCAAUAGCAGAGAAAUUCUUUAUGAACCAUCUGACAAUGAAAGGGACAUAUAUGAAGAAUUUGAGCAUUUAAUAAGAACUAUAUAAUUUUGUAGUUAGUAACCGCCAUAAUGGCAAUUUGAUUGUUUACAUUGGUUGUUACGAACACCUCUAGUAAGGAUCACCUUGUAAAUCUGUUCAAAUUUUAUGUGUUAAAUUUCAUUUUUAUACGACUCAUCUAUUGUAUUCGUUGUAAUAUGAAUAAAU